AGCUGUCGCGCCGUAGAGCUGCUGAGGUGAGGGGUCGGCGGCCGAGGGACCCACAUCUGAAGUAGCAGCGUCACUGUGUGUGAUCUACUGUGAACUUACCUCCUUACCCAGCUUUCCUAUGUGCUGAUGAACUAUUGGUUCUCAGCUCUCUGAAGAUGGAUAUUAUGAAGGGCAGCUUGGAUGACAUUUCCAGACCGGCCACCGUGUCUCGUUCCCGUCCUGGAAGUCGCUUAAGUUCAUUCCAAGUGGAUAAACAGAAAGUGACCUCGUCUGUGUGUUCUCUGGAAGUGCUGACUCCGGAGCCGGGAAUAUCACAGACGGAUCUGACAAUGACUUCAGACGAUGAGCAAGAGACUUCUCCUACAGUGUGUUCAGAAGGUCCUGGUGAUGAGGAGACCGCACAGAGUUGUACAGGGAUGGGAGCAGAAGUAUAUCAAGGAAGAACUCCAGACAGGAUGACCAGCCUGCCAGAAGAUCCAGAAGGCUCCACUGAAGAGUCGCCAAGUACAGAAGACAAGAUGGAGCCCAAAGUAGAAAAAGCCAUUAGGAAGAUGAAAGCCCUGGAUGAAAUUUUACUGAAAAAGAUGGCAAAAGAGAAGGAGGUUAAAGCUCAAGGUCUGGAGAUCCGAAACCAACUGUGGGAAGAGCUCCAGCACGUGUCACAGCAGUCCUCAGCACGCAGCCAUGAGGAAAAUGUCAAUACCAACAAAUUUCUGGCACUGACUCCGCAGUUGGAUGACCCUGAAGUCUUCGUACAAGCCACACAUUCCAGGAAAAUGAGAGCCAAUCUCAUAUUCACGGAGGUGUUGCAUCAGGCUACAAACACAAAACUGUCUCAAAGAAAAACUUUGCCCAUGACUUUCACUUCAUAA